UCUUUUAAAAUUCUCUACUUCUCUACUAUAAGUUGGUUAGAAGUUCUGUAUUUUCUUGAAUUGAAGGAUCAGGAAAAUGUCACAUCCAAUGGCAACGUCCGAAAGAGUUUCUAAACCUUCAAAAUGGUUCUCUAACAAAAGUCUUAGGGUAAGCCUCCAUCGCCGGAAAUCAAAGUCUGGCUCAAGUUCCUUAAGCUCGCCGAGAUCUCCAAGAUCAUCUCCCAUGUCACCACGUACCAAGAGUUCGAAGGACAGCUCUAGGGAAGACGAGCUGAAAGAAGUUUUUCGUUAUUUCGACGGAGAUGGGGACGGCAAAAUCUCGGCGCUGGAACUCAGAUCAUACUUUGCGUCGAUCGGAGAGUACAUGUCGCACGAAGAGGCUCAGGGGGUGAUCGACGAUCUUGACUCCGACGGGGACAGUCUGUUGGAUUUUAAAGACUUUUUGAGGCUGAUGAAGAGGGAUGGCAGGGGAGGCGAUGAUGAUCAGGACCUAAAGAAAGCGUUUGAAAUGUUCGAAAUGGAGAAAGGGUCGGGCCGCAUAACGCCAAGAAGCUUGCAGAGGAUGCUGCAACGCCUCGGAGACACUAAGUCCCAAGACGAGUGUGCCGCCAUGAUUCGAGCUUACGACACCGAUGGCAACGGAGAGCUUGAUUUUAACGAGUUUCACCAAAUGAUGAAUGAUGAUCAUGGCUUAACUUGUUAAAUUACAAUUACAUCAUGUAUUAAUAUUUUGUCAAAAAAAAGGGGUGAGAAGAAAAAUCUCGAAACAAAACUCAAUUAAUGCAUGAGAUGUGAAAAUUAAGAAACUAUUCGAUCCAUGCAUGCAGGCGUCUCUCGAUCUCUAGCUAGUAGAGUACUUUAAGCUCAAUGACGUAGAUCAGUUAAUUGAUAUUGUUUUGUGUAUCGGUUGCAGCUUUUGUAAAGUUUCCGGUGUUAUAUAUAUGCAUUAUGAUUUGUGUUUUGUUUGAUCAA